AUGAUCGGAAGGUGUAUGAACCCGGCAGCUCAGGAUGUGAAUGCUCUCCUGCAUCACAUGCCUCGCUUCUGGAAGAUGGAGGAAAGGGUGGCCGGAGCAGAUUUGGGAAUGGGGAGGUUCCAGUUUGAUUUUGACAAUGAAGAGGACAUUGUAGAGGUUUUCAAGCUUGAACCUUUUCACUUCGACUACUGGAUGAUAUUAUUGGUGAGGUGGGAGCCGGUAGUGGAUCCAACGUAUCCUUCGGCAAUCAAGUUUUGGGUCCGGAUGAUGGGGAUCCCAUUGCAUUUUUGGACGGAGCCAACGUUUCGAAGCAUCGGAGAAGCCAUCGGUGAGGUGAUAGAGGUGGAUAUUGAUGGAGGUCGGGUCCGAGUGUGCCUUGAGGGGUAUAAGCCUUUGAUUUUUGAGACAACUGUGGAAUUUUAUGGUGGGGAGGAGACGGUGGUCACGCUUAGAUACGAGCGACUGUUUGGCGUUUGUCGGGAAUGUUCUAGUCUCUGUCAUGACGUUCCUCAGGUGAUUCGGAGAGCUCGAGAGGAGCGGGAAAGCCAGAAGAGACGGGAGGAGAAACCGGAUGGUGGGGCUAUGAGCUACAAAGGGGUGGUAAUUAAUGGGCCCGGAGGAGACAGCGGUGCAGUGAGACAAACUCACCAUGGUGUCGUCGGGGAUCCGAAAGGCAAAGGCAAGGCAGUGGAACAGCGGGAAGAGAGAGGGAAAUGGCAGACGGGUUUCCGUGGUAAUGGAAAGCACAGAGGUGAGUCCUCUGGUACCCAGCGAAAGCCUGCGGGAUUUGGGGCACGCGAUCAAAGAAAGAGGAUCAAUCAACCGAUGACAACCUUCAGGUCCUCGGCGGAACAGGUGGUGACCAUUAGGACGACGGGGCUUCAAGGAAAUGGGACGGAGAAUGGUAGUGGGGGUGGUACUAGUCCGACACAACAGUCAGCGAAGAAGGUGAGGAAGGCGAUUGAUUUCACGUCUGCGGUGGAAGGAAUGGAUGAAUCGGGUAACAGAAGGAUGAUGGCGGAGGGAGAGAAGGUUGGCGAAGAUGCUGCGCCGGAGGUUUCGACGAACAUACUUGAGCCGGUUUUGGCGGUUAACGAGAAUAUGGGACAAGAGGAGGGUGAGGAUGGGGAGAUAUGGUGGGACGAAGUGAUCGAGGAAGGGGAAGCAGAGAACAUGAUAGAAGAGGAAGAAGCUGAGAAAGUGUUAGAGGAGCCUGCGGACCCAACGGAGUCACAAGGAGAGAAUGCAAUGCAGAUUGAUGAAACCAAUGGAUCGGAGAGGCAUCUCGGGGCGGAACAAUUCGUGGAGGUAGAGGCAAAGGAAGUGGGACGUGGUAAACACGUUACUGCAAGGAAGGUUGGUGUUAAAAAGAAGCCAGUCCGGCCAUCUGCGAGUGUUGGUGGCGGAGCUUUGAAGCGUUUUGUGCAAGGCGCGAAAACACCAAGAAAGAAGCAGGCGGUAAAGGCGAGUUCUCGCAUCGGAGAUAAGCCCACAGGGAAUGGUAUGGAGGACGAUCCAGCGGAAGGAUCGGAGGCGACUUCUCAAGCGACUUAA